AUGGAGCACAGUUCCGCCAAGAGCCAACAACGUUGGAAUAGCUCGAUUCUCCGAAAACUAUCUGGAGACAUAGGCGCAGCAGCAAUAUCAGCGACACUUAUAACGCCGAUAAUUACAAUCAUUGACAGGGCUCUCGUCGAAAAGUCCUCGUUCAACCAACCCAUCAUUCGCGGCCUCCGCACCCAUACCCUUGCUGCCCUAAGAAAUCCGGCACGAUUUGUCUUCCAAGUACCUUUUGGCCUCAUCUGGACCUUGUACGCCGCUACUUAUGCGGUCGCCAAUGGGGCCGACACUAUCGGCACAGAGCUGAAAGCUACAGCGACGGGGAUGAUCACAUUCCUUUCAACCACGAUUGUCAACGUCCCCUUGGGGGUAUGGAAAGACCUUAAAUAUGCCCAAAUUUUUGGGACACAACAAAGCCCCAACAAUGUCGAGACUGUGCGAAAGUCGCUUGUCCAGAACAAGGGUGUUGCACGAGCUGCAACGGCCAUGUUCCUUGCUCGCGACAGUAUCACCAUCUUUGGUUCCUUCACACUGGCUCCCAGACUCGCGGAGGCGAUACCGGACAACUUGACCAGUCAUCCACAUGCAAAACCGGUUAUCACGCAGUUGACUGUGCCAGUGUUGACGCAGCUGGUAGCGACGCCAUUGCAUUUGUUCGCCCUCGACUUGUAUAUCCGGCAGCAUCACGUACCACUCGCCGACCGGAUCGUGCAGUCUCAGCGGUAUUUGGGAUCGACUACAGUGUUUAGGUGUAUUCGAAUUAUUCCUGCGUUUGGAUUUGGAUGUUUGGCGAAUAUGGAGUUGAGGUCGACAUUUCAUAAGAAAUUAGAAGUUGGAGCUUGA